CACCACCUGCACAAGCACGAGCAGCAGCUCGUCCGCCUCCCUGCCCAGCAGCCAUGGCCGCCACCUCUACCUCCCCGCUAUUCUCCCUCUCCUCCCUCUCCGCCUCCCUCCCUUCCCCCACCCGGCUCCCCUCCUCCCUCUCCCUCCGCGCCCUCUCCCCACGCGCCCGCCUCUCGGCCUCCCUCCCCUUCGCCUCCCCACAUGGAGGGUGCGGGGCUUGGGCCGCGACAUCGACGUCGUCCGCGGGGAAGUUGAGGCGGCGGGGCCUGGAGGUGGUGUGCGAGGCCACGACCGGCCGGCGGCCUGACUCGGUCGCGAAGAGGGAGCGCCAGAACGAGAAGCACCGCAUCCGCAACCACGCGCGCAAGGCUGAGAUGCGCACCAGGAUGAAGAAGGUCUUCAGAGCUCUUGAAAAGCUUAGGAAGAAAGCUGAUGCCCAGCCUGAAGAAAUAAUUGAAAUAGAGAAAAUGAUCGCUGAGGCAUACAAAGCCAUCGACAAGACAGUGCAAGUUGGUGCACUGCACAGGAACACUGGGAACCAUCGCAAGUCCAGAUUAGCAAGGAGGAAGAAGGCCAUCGAGAUACUCCGUGGCUGGUAUGUUCCAAAUGCUGAACCUGUUGCUGCAACCUAGGAUUCUUGAGAAAUCAUCAUCAAGGAUUUGCGGCAGCUUUUCAUCAAAGCUCACCAAUUUUGGGCAACGUAUGUUAUUCACGGAUCUCAACUGCUUGCCAAGUUCUCACCAUUCAAGUGGUCUGUUUAUACCUUUUUGUAUCAUCUUCUAUGGUUAUGUGCUUUCUCUGUACUAGAAGCCGUGACUAGAGUGGCCAGUUCUCCCCUGUUUCUAUUAUUGUUCACCUCACUGUUGUAAAACUUCAGAUUGGAAAAUUUGAAAUAUAGCUGUCAUCUGGUCUGUCCAGAUUUCUUCAGCUGGAGAAAAUAUAUCAGUACGCAUUUUCUA